CACAACAUACUGUUUUUUUUUUCUCUUCAUGUCUUUUUGAUAACUCUCUUGUCUGACCAAACCGUCUCACAUCUCCUUCCCUUCUUCUUCACUUUACCAAAUUUUAGGUUUUUUUUUUCCCCAUAUUUGAUCAAAAUUCUGGAAUCUGGGUUUUUUCCCUUAAGUUUUCUUCUGGAUACCUUUUGAAUCGCAUCUCUGAUCCAAUUUUUUUUUGGGAUUUUUAACCUGAACUCGAAUCUGUGUUUUUUUCAAUCUUCUCUCUUCUCGAAGUUUCAAAGUCGCACGCACCUAUGGAUGUAUUAUCGCUGGCUUCACUACCUGUGGGGUUCAGAUUUAGUCCAACGGAUGAAGAGUUAGUAAAGUACUAUCUCCGGCUCAAGAUCAAUGGUCACGAUGACGACGUCAGAGUCAUCCGUGAGAUCGAUAUCUGCAAAUGGGAACCAUGGGAUUUGCCUGAUUUUUCUGUGGUGAAGACGACAGAUUCAGAGUGGCUCUUCUUCUGUCCAUUGGACAGGAAGUAUCCGAGUGGAAGUAGGAUGAAUCGAGCUACUGUGGCUGGUUACUGGAAGGCUACGGGAAAAGACCGUAAGAUUAAAUCAGGGAAGACCAAGAUUAUAGGUGUUAAGAGGACUCUAGUGUUUUAUACAGGUCGUGCUCCUAAGGGAACACGGACUUGUUGGAUUAUGCAUGAGUACCGCGCUACAGAGAAGGAUCUUGAUGGAACUAAGUCAGGACAGAACCCAUUUGUUAUUUGCAAGUUGUUUAAGAAGCAAGAUAUUGUGAACGGAGCUGCACCAGAAGAUUCAAAGUCAUGUGAAGUUGAACCAGCGGUCUCGUCUCCAACUGUUGUGGACGAGAUGAGAUCUGAGGUUGACAUGUCUGAGGUAUCUCCUGUUUUCCCUAAAACCGAAGACACGAAGCCUUGUUGUGAUGUCGCGGAAUCUUCGCUUCUAGUCUCCAGCGAAUGUCGUAGUGAAAACUCUGCCGCUGAGGCUACAACCACCGGACUUGAUGAUAUUGAUUGGCUCUCAUAUCUGGAGUUUGAUUCCUUGAAUCAGAAACUGUUCUCUCCGUUGCACUCUCAGUUGCAAUCUGAGAUUGGAUCCUCUGUCAAUGGUUAUCAAUCUGGUUCAAACGAACUGUUCAGAAACCACAAUGGGGAUCACAUUCAGACUCAGUACGGUACAAACGAUGCGGAUGAAUAUAUGACCAAGUUCUUGGAGUCUUUUAAUGAGAUUCCUUAUGAGCUUCCAGAGAGGAAAGAGUUAGUGGAACAGAAGCCAGAACAGAUACCACAUCAUGAGCCACAUAAUAUUCUCAGGACAUGCAACCAGAUCAGUGAUGUAUCUCAAACAGGGAUUAAGAUUAGGACACGACGGGCACAAGCCCCUGGUUGUGCUGAGAAGUUUGUAAUGCAAGGUGAUGCCCCAAGAAGGUUACGUCUUCAGGUUCACCUUGACAGUCACAAGUCAGAAACUGACAGCACACAACUCCUCUGUAUCAAGAAAGAGGUUAAGGACACUACAAAGGAAACUAUAACGAAAGGAUGUGGUAGUUUCACCAGAUCAAAGAGCAAGACCAGUUUCAUAUUCAAGAAGAUUGCAGUUAUGAGAUGUUCAUACAAAGGGCUGCUAAGAGCGGGUGUGGUAGCGCUUGUGUUUGUGAUGUCGGUUUGCAGUCUAAUAAUCGCAUAAACCCGCUGGAUCGGAUGUUUGUUCGAUCAUUCGUAUGAUGAGAAUAAAGAAAAGUUUUUUACAAGUUGAGAACGUGGGUUUGUGUAUAAUAGUGUCUUUGGCUAGGUUUCUGCAUCUGUUGUUGUUCAAGAUGAACCAUGGUCAGUUUAGGAGGGUAGUUGUUAACAUGUACGGCAGUUUUAUAGUUGGUAUGUUUAGAUGUGAUAGGGAAUCUAAAGCUUUUGGAAGUUUAUUCCUGACCACAUGCGUCUUCAGAUUGUGUUGUGGCCAUUUCCCAAAUACGAUUUAAAUACAUCGAUUCUAUUCAGGACA